UUGAAGGUCGUAGGCCUUAGAGGGGUAUUUGAGAAGGUCAAUUUUGUUACGUCAGCGAAAACGCUGAGUAGAUCUUUUGCAGUGUUGGAAGUCACGCGACAAGGUGGUAAACGUGAGCCUUUGGAUAAAGCCGUAGCGUUUCAAAUAGGUAAGAACGGUAUGAUUCUUAGCUUUGAGGUCCUCGAGUGCGGUUGUCUUGUUAAUUUGGUUCCUAUCGGUCCAAUAUUAAAAGGAUAAAUGCGCUAUUAAAAUUAGAAAGCUCCGAUCUUUCACUUAUUAUCCGUUUUGCAAAGACAACUAUUAGCAUUUCGAGGCAAGGUACGAUUGCAAAGGCUAUGAACGUGUGGCGGUUACCCGAAAGAGUCGGCAAAGGCUAAUAACAAAGGCUUUGUUUGAACGCGCGUCGAAAAUCGUCGAUCAAAAGUUUUGUGAUGUACAAAAACUCGUCAACAUCAACAACCUUGAGAAAGUUGAACUCCUAAUAUGAAAUUCUUCAAGAAUAGAAGUUAAAAUUCUUUAAGUCGCUCCGCACGAUUCUCUCAAGUAACUGCUAUUCUUCGUUGGAUACCAUUCUUCGCGUUACACGACUAGUUCGCAAGUCCGUAUUCCGAUCCAUUGUCCCGUAGUCCAUGUUUCAUCCCUCUAUUUUUCUCUCUUUUACAUCUCUAUUAUAAAACUGUUGAAUAAUUAAGUAGCAACGCUGAAAGUUUUUCUUCCACCACUGAUAUACUACUCUUUUUCAGUGAGAAUAAAUUGUGACCAUUGUUCCUUGUCAGUGAGUCACUCUUGUUUUUUGAUGUAGACUGAAAGUAAGGGGGAAGACAGUUGUACUCUUACCCCCUUAACCGGGGAAAGGAUGGGGAUGUUUUGUUCCUAACCCUUCAACAACUCAUUUUAAGAAUUCUAGGAGAAUAUGGGCAAAUUUCACUACUGUGUAACCCAAAGAGGGAUGCAUUUGAAAUGAUACAUUUGCAGUAAUAACUUUUUUGACUGAGAAUUCAUUUUAAUGGAACUUGAAAAUAUGUCAGACAGGUAAAACUUAAGAUAUUGUAUUUACCUGAAUGAGCACCUUGGCACUUAUUUAAAAUUUUGGCUAAAAGGAGCAUUGCUAAAGGGAAGGAGGGCACUUAAUCAAGAGGGGUGCUUAUUAUUCUCCUGUACUAGUUCUACUGCAGUUGCAGCUUAAAAAGUUUAACUUAAAUAAGUGGCAAUAGAAACAGGUUUUCCUCAUAUCCCUACUAUUUAAGAAAGUGAUGGAGGAGGAGGGGGGGAGAUGUUUAUUUGAGACAGGCACUUGUUUGAUGUAAUGGUGGAAGGAGGGUGGUUAUUUAGAGCGUGGACAUUUUUUUCAAGGAAAUUUGGUGAAUACUGGUAGUUAGGUUUACUAUUUCAAGCAUCACUUGAAGAUUUCCAAGUAACUUGUGAUACAAUUUUGCUUAUGGAACAUAAAAUCAAUAAUGUAACUUAGCCGGAAAGGUAUAUAUGAUUUAGGAUUUUUUUGAGUAACCAAUUCUUAUCUUAGUUCUGUUUGACUGACCUUGUUUAUAGAUCUCAUACCCAAAACUUAAUGGCCAAUGAUGCAUUGGAAUCUGUGUCACCAAACAAUGAAUUUGAUAUACAUAUUAGACAAAAGGAUGAACGUUAUCGACUGGAGAAGACAUCUGGCUGUUUAGGUGGAUUGUUAUCAAGUGGUACUUGUCUUGAAAUCAGAGGACUGUUUACUCUUGCAUGGCCCACUGUGUUUUCUUAUUUUUUCUACCAUUUGAUCUCCAUGAUAACCCUGUUUUUUGCGGGACGUCUUGGAGAAGUUGAACUAGCAGCAGGGACAUUAGCUAUUUCAUUUGUCAAUGUCACGGGACCAUCUUUGUUCACCGGUUUGUCUUCAGCUUUGGAGACAUUAGGCUCACAAGCUGUUGGAGCCAAAAACUAUCGCAUGGCAGGCAUCGCAUUUCAGAGAGGGAUUUGGAUAUUGGGUAUUGCAUGUAUAUUAACCUGGGCACUCUGGAUCAAUGCUGAACUGCUGUUGCUGAGGGUAGAACAGAAAAGAAAUGUUUCCCAGUGAGUAAAAUAUAAAGAAACUUCCAGUAACUUAUAAUACUUAGAAAGUAAUGGUAAUGAUAAACUUCUAUGAAUCUGAAUGUGAGGAAUCCUUCACUAGCAAGUUCAGUCUUAGAAAAUUCAGUCCAGUCUUCAUAUCAGAUUCUGUAACUCCCACAAAUUAUUAAUAGUAGUGACUUUUUCCAAUAACAUCAAUCCAUUAUCCAGCCAUAAGGUAGUGAGAGUACUUAGACUUAUCAGAUAGAGAUUGCCGUCUUGAUCUAACACUAAAUUCUCAUAAAUAAUUUGCAAGGAUACGUUAUAUAGAGAGGAGAAUUACAGACAAACGUCGUGGUUGCUCAAAGGAUAGAAAAAUAUCUGAUGGAUAACACAGUACAUUUUAUUAACACUUAUCCACCGGAUGGGGAUUUAUCCACUCCCAAGAGAGCUUUAUUUGCCCUUGAAACAAUUAAGCCCUGAUCUCUUGAAGGGUUUAAAAAAAAUUUAUGAAGACAGUAGUGAAAUACCAGGACUCAACAGUGUAUGACAUCAUCUUGAUUACAACAAAAGACAAAAGGGCUUGAUGCAGGAAUUUUAGAGGUGGAAAGAGGAAGGGUAAAAGAAAAUACAAAUGAAAUUUUAAUAAUAAUUAAUCUGCUUGAUACAUUUUGCAAUAAACAGCAGACAAUAACAUCAAUAGAGUAGAAUUUUAGCAAAGUAACACAGUAGUUUGGGGGGCUGCUGCUGGGUUUUUUUAUUGUGAGUAUCAGUCUCGUGUGUGGAAAUUGUCUUUCUAAGCCAUUUGCUCAUGAACGUAGUCUCUUUACCUUUUAAUUCCUCUUCUUGUAUUAAGCCAGAAAGACUUGACACUUUCAGUUUAAAUGUCUCACCUCACCCUGGCUUGGCUCAAAUUCCUCACCCCCUGGGCAUGGAUGAUGGUCAAAUCCCUGUGGGUUGACUGGGGGAUGUUAAAGCUUCAAAUUGAUCGGCAUAUAAGAUUCUGAGGUUCAGAAGCUGGGAGAGCAGGCUAGUGUGACCAAAUGCUAGAUGUAAACUAAAACACAAUGCAGAAAUUGGAUGCUGUGCCCCAAUAUUACCAAUUGUGGUAUCUUGUACCUAAUUGUUUUAUUUUUCCCAUAGCCUAACACAGGAGUUUACCCUUACAUGCAUUCCUGCUUCAAUAGUAAGUAACUCAAUUUUUUUUCCAUAAAUUAUUAUUUCAUAUUAAAGUUUGUAGCUACCAUGAUCUUGGAUCCAUACAGGUAAAGCGGACUUUGUUGUAGGGGGAGACCAGGGAGGAUUUUUUCUGUACUACUUCCCUAGUCUCUAUUUUAACUCCUACCUGGGCUUUUUAAGAUUGAUUCAUAGUUACCAUAGAAAAAUACAUCAAUAUUACUCACAGUAUUACUCAAAUAUCAUCCUAGUAGAUCAGAAAUCUUGUUAAGUACAAGUGAAUGUUCUUGGUUUCCACAGGCUAUCUUCAUGUUCUUUCUGUUACAAAGAUAUCUUCAGACCCAGGUAUGAUGUGUUUAACUAUUUUGCACACACUUCAUAUUAUGCUGCACCUAUAUAUGAAAUGUUUUAAAAAGUAAAUACAUGUAUACAGUUUAAAAAUUAACACAUGUACAUGUAUGUAUACAUUCAUACAGAAGUCAUAUACAUACACCCAUUUUCAAAAACACUGCAAUUUGAAAAUAUACAUUCGAUAUAUAUACCUUUUCAUUUCUUAUUUGAAAGGCAAUGGAUGAUGCAUGUAUAUUUCACAUCAAAAAAACAAUACCUUAAAUUGUGUUAUUGUGGAAUGCUGAAACCUGUAGUUUAUGAUUGACUCAAUCUAACUGUCUGGCUUUCUGUCUGUCUCCCAGUAAGCCAUUUAAAAUAAUGCACUUUAAUGUUGCUUGUUGACAGGUGGAUUCAUUAUGAUCUUUAUUUGUUAAAUAUAUUUUAUUAAUCUUCUUUGCAGGGUGUUGUGAAACCAAUUCUUUAUGUUGGUGCUGUCUCUAAUGCUAUUCAGAUUGGUGUAAGUGCAUUGAUGGUAUAUGUCCUCAAAUGGGGUUUCAGGUAAGUGUCUCCUAAAUUGUUUUGCAUGCAUUUGGUCAGUUAAUCAGUUGGUGCAUCUCUCAGUUUGACAGUGCAGGUUAUUAAAUCGUAGCUUUAAUAAUUACCCAACCAAAAUGCUAAUGUGAACCUGCUAAAAUAGGGAAAUUUGCACUAAAAUUAGGUACAGCUGUAGAAACAAACAUAUGAUUGGCAUAGAACUUGUACUCCUUUGGAUAAAGCCUCGCAUAUAUAAAAAUAAAAAAGCAAACAAGAUCUAUGGCUAAUUUACAAAGAAAUGAGUUGCAGCUUGAGGGAAGAAUUAACAAUCAGAUCUUAGCAGUUAAAGGGUUAAUUUGAAUUUAACUUCAUGCUAAAGUGGACAUAGAGCCAUUUUCUUUGAAGAACACUUUUCAGGCUUAAAUUCACACCAUACUUUAAACUUUUUUCAUUUCCCUUGACUGUUUGUGGGUUUUAUUAACUUUGUAACACUUGAAUAUGUGGGACUUUUGAUAAUAUUAAAUAUUACUAAUCUAGCUUUGUCUCUCUAGUGGGAUUGCCAUCAGCUGGUCUUUUACCAAUGUGAUUCUAUUUUUGUCGACCUUUGUUUAUAUGAAGGUUAUGAAGUUGGAUGCAAAAACAUGGCCAGGUACUCAAAACACACCUAUAUCAUUAAUAUUGACAGCACACCCCUGCUUUGUUAACUCACUGGUAGACAGAAAAAUUAAAUUAACAGCUUGACUGUUUGAGUCAGUUUGGAUACACACGUUAAGGGCCACUUCAGUAAUCAGGAUGGUGCUGUGACAUGUAGCAGGACAAAUUUUGUAAUUUGUAUAGAAAUAUGUUAAAAUUUGUUUCCUGUUUAUACUGUUCACAUGGGAAGAAUAACAGGGUGGCAUGAAUUAUUUUGGGUGGUAUCUUAUCCUCUCUCCUUUUCUGGAAUAAGAAUAAUAAUUGGUCAGGGAGAAAGGAUGGAGAUGGGAUUGCCCCAAGGUUAGCGCAAUGGGCUGUGGGUAGAGAAGUUAGAGGACUGGCAGAGCCAUUGCAUUAUGUUCAUGGCAAGAGAAGCUUUACUCUUAAUGUGCCUUUAUACACCAAGAAGUAAAAAUGAGUAGAGGCCAACUUUUAAGGAAGCUUUCAAUUGGGAAUUAUUGUCUGGGAGGGGGGUACAUGGCAACUAGUUUUCAUUUAUCUUAAACCUUCCUGAUCUGUUUGUCACCAAAACCAUCAUGCACUGUAGCAUUUCACCAGAAAUUCAUCAUCAGGGGUAUUUAUUUGUAUUAUUAUCUGUAGAUUUGCCCUAUAGCAUAGCUCUACCAUGGGAGGUUGCAAGCUUCUCUUGUAUAAUUUGUCCAAUUAUAUUGCAUUUUAGGCUGGACCAUAGAAAGUCUGUUAGACUGGGGACAGUUUAUCAAGCUUGCUGUGGCUGGAAUGGUGAUGAUUUGUAUUGAGUGGUGGAGUUUUGAAAUAGGGUCAUUUCUUGCAGGUACUGAGAUAAAUGUUUCAAACAACAGAAAGUUAUUCCUGGACUCUUAAGUGGGAAUUCGGGCAAUUUUUAAGUCAGUCCAAUUUAUAGCAUUUGAAUUCAUAGCAAUUUUUCCAUGCACUGGCUCAUACAUAAUUUAUGUUAUGAAGUUCAUUAAUGUCCAAGGCCUAUGAGUUAGCAAAAUUGACAACAAGCAAAACCUGUGCCGAGCAGAUGCUAUUUUGUUAGUGGACACCCUGUGCUUAGUGAAUUCUUGCCCAAGGAAGUAAAUUUCUCCUCUCAUGUUCACUUGAAAUAAGUUUGAAUUCAGCAGACACACCCUGCACUCCUGUGUCUGCUUGUUACACUAAUUCUUAUCUAAAAGACGACAGAUGUUUUUCCACAAUUUGCUUUGUUUCAAUUGGUAUAGCCUUCAACAAAACCAUUAUUACUUCUUCAAAUUUUGAUUUAAUGUCAUUAAAACAAAACUUAGCUAAACUAAGGCUUUCUAGAGGAAAGGAAAAUAACAUGUAACAACCUGAUGAGAACUCAAAGCAUCUGAUCACAGAGUGAAGUAAAUUAAAACUAACAUCUAAAAGUCAAGGAUUAUUGUUGACGCUCAAUUAGAGAUUUGUCCAGCACUUACUUUUUAUGAUAUACAAUUGAUUUUAUUUUAAUAACCAUGUGGUGAUAAGUAAUACGAUAGUUUCUGUUAUUUUACCUUGAAAGGGUCAUAUGGUGAGUACCAACUGGCCACAUAUGGGGUAAUUUUCCAGUGGGCCGCAUUUCAUUUUAUGGUGAGUGAGAAAACAAAACUUAUUAAAUGUAUGAUGAUUAAAUGCAGGUUAAAAUCAUUGGUAUCCAUUAAUAGCACUAAGAUUUAUGACAAUGCAUUCAGGUUCCCAUUGUUCUUGAAUGUUUAGAUCAACACUCUCUCAUGAUACAUGUCUCUGCCAAUAGACUUUUCCACAAAUAAGAUAUAUGGUAUAGUCAUUUAAUCCCGUUGUUUUACAUGUGUAGAUUCCUCUUGGAAUAAGCAUUGCCGCUGGUGUCCGUGUUGGAAAUGCUUUGGGUGCCGGCGACCCAGCUGCGGCAAAAAGGACAGCAAAAGUGGCUAUUGGACUUAUCGGUAAAAACUUGUAGAAAAUUAUUCGAAAAGUACCUUAAACUCGUAGUGGAAUCAUAGAUACCAAUAUAAGUUCACCAAAAUUUGCGGUCACCUAUAGCCAUUACUUCUUGAAAUAAAGGCAGAUUGAUUUCGACUCUUAGUUGAAGAUAAAACUCUUUUACCUACAGUCUGUAUAGAUCUUGUUGUGUUUGCCAUUUUCUUUGGACUGCAAGACAUGACUGGAAGAGUGUUUACCGAUAACAGGUUCGUACAUUAUUCAUUGGUAAUUUGAAAUGGUGAUAGGACUGAGUGGAGUCCAAAGCAGUCUGUAAUCAUGUGAGUGCUAUCAAAAUCAGACAUUCCGAUUUGUUUAUCACGAGUAUGAUUACAGACCGAAAAUUGGAUGACACGAAGUCUUAUUACUAAUUCAUCAUAAAAUUACAAUUUCCAUGAAAAGGAGAAAAAAUUCUCCAUAUUAAAGAUUGGUUGAUUUACACUACAAUUCUGAGUGUGAUUGGUUUAUUGAACUGUCCGAUAACAACUUGGCAAGUGAAUUGUAAUUUUUAUGAUUAGCAAUGUUAUCAGUUAUGGUGUUGUGAUCGAUAUACUUAUGAACCUCAGAUUACCGCUUUAUUACCUCGUCAUUGAAAGGAUCUCAAAAUUAAGGCAAUGGUCUCUUAGCCAACGUAGCAAAAAAAAAAAAAAAAAGCACGCACUAAAGAAACACGCGUGCACCAAAGAAACACGCGUGCGAGGGAACAGACACGCGAGAUAGAGCUCCCUUCCAAAGAAAUCGAAAAGAAAGGUUUUGCUCUUGUGUGUGUCUCGCUUAACUUCUCGUGCGUGCCGGUAAAAAUUCCUCGCUCAAUGUCAUUCGAAAAAAAAAGAAAAAGGAAAAGUACAAUCUUUUGCCUAGUAUCUUAACUCUGCUGUUAAUAAAUUGUUCAGAAUUUAUUUUCUAAGGAAAUUAUUCGCCGUCAGAUUCCCAUACAAACACAGUAAAUUUGGGGCUGACAUGUCAAUCUACCCUAGAAUGCAACGUGUGGCGCCAUCUUUCAUAGAGUAGUCUUUUUGUUUACACUUAUUUCAAAUUAAGACUUAACAAGAGUCAUUACCUUAUUACAUUAACAGAGUUAGCAAACUAUUUGAGUUAACACUCACGCAAACGGUAAACGUUUUUCUUUUUUUGUCUGCCAUUAAGCGUGUGUGAGAGAAAUGUAAAGGGUUCGCGUUUGUUAUUAAUUAAUUUUUUUCUCUUUUUACUAUUUUCUGUGAGAUUUUCUUAAGAAUUCGAUACAAAUACACAAAAAUAAGCACAGCUCAAGUUUACUAUGUUUAUUCUUUCGGUUGUCAUUACUGGUUGAAACGUCACCAAUUCACAAGGGCCAAAUCGCUCAUGCAUCUCGCUCAUGCAUGUCAGUCUAAAUCAGUCGCACCUAUGACAAAGACCAUUUCUCUGUCUGUCAUUUUGUUUGUUCACAGGCGGCCCACAUUCCCGCUGUGAGAUGAUCAUCUUACACAAUAACAGUCAUGGCGGAAUUAUAAGAGUUUGUAUGAGAAUAUUUACGACCGCUCUAAGGAAUAAAGCAAUACGUCAAAUUUUCAAUAAAAAUACCUCACCUUACUUUCACAGCGUAUCACUUGUUAUCUGACCGUUUGCUUUGAUGAAAAGAACCCAUUUUAGCGAGUUGUCCAUUUCGAGGUUUUCAACGUAUAUAAGAAAGGCCUUUCAAACGGUCAGAUAACAACUGAUACUUUUCAAAAAGAAAGUGGUCUGAUAACAACUUAUAAUUCCGCCAUGACUGUUAUUGACGUAUUGCUUUAUUCCUUAAGAUGAUCAUCUCGCCAUGACUGUGGAGAUGAUCAUCUCGCAGCUGGAGCUAGGGCCGCCUGUGGUUUAUUAAACACCUAAACGUUAUGUUUACUGAAUGAAAAUCUUUUUUUUUUUUUUUUUUUUUUUUUUUUUUUUUUUUUGCGUGCAGCGAAGUGUUGUCAUUAUACACAAAGAAUAUUCGCUUCAUGUCUGCCUACUUUCUCUUUGAUGGAGUCCAGGUAAAGAACAAUUCUUAACCGUUUAGUGUCUUUAAUUAACAACCAGAAGUCAGGUAAACUUUAAUUUUUUUACUUGACUGGUUUUGUCACUUCCGUUCUAAGACUUUGUAUUUUACAAUUUUACAAGAGGAUUUAUAGUCGAAAAUAUCUAGCUGCUAAUCUUGUACUUCCAUAGCAACUGAAAAGGAAAUGUAACAAGCCACUUUCGCUCUCUUGAAAUUUAACUGUUCAAUGGAUUAUUGACGAAUAACGAUUUCUUGUUCAUUACAUUCUGGUGAAAAUUCAAAGGAAAAUUGGUCAGGCAAGGUAAUAACGAAUGUUUGGGCUGUCAGUAGAGUUCAAUGACUCUUUCCUCUCUAAAUGGUAUUUAUAUGAUUUGUUGUCAAAAUUGCCAAAAACAUCGCAUUAGCCGCAUUUGUAGUAGACCGCUGACACAACUUUCAAAGCAACUGCAGGGCCCAAGACUCAAGUCAUUGUCAAAUGAGUUUUCUUUCGGUUAAUAUUUUUUUAAGGGUGUUUGCAGUGGUAUUGUCCGAGGAUCAGGCCGGCAGACGAUAGGAGUACUGAUAAAUUUUGUUGCUUAUUGCUGUAUUGGGCUUCCUUGUGGGAUAACGUUGAUGUUUGUAGUCUUCCAUGAAAUUACAGGUAAAGGAAUUGAAAAUUGCUACAUCAGCGUUCAAAUUCAGCAAAUAUGUCAAUGUUUGAUAGCCGUUUUCGGUGAAAGAAUAAAUUUUAUGAUACGUGUGGGUCGUGGUAGUUCCUGCUCGAACAAAGCUUAGCUUAUACCAUUAGUACUUUCUUGCCAUGUUCGAUGACACAUAAAAAAAGCAGAUUAAGAGGGUUGGUGUAAAAAAAUUUAAUAAGGAAUUGGAUGGUCUUAGAGAAUGCUAGACGGUAUGGUCGAGGAGAAAAAAAAAAGGAAAAAUGAAACCUAAUGAAAUAGCCUUUUGAUGGUAUUAUUUCCCCUUUGAAAGCGCUGACAGGUCACAAGUGGAACAUGAAUUCGUAUUGUUGGAGGCGAAAUUUACUCAUCUAUUUAAAGUUCCUCGUUUGUUUCACUCGGUGUGCUCUUUUGCGCGCGCUCGCGUAAGGUCAUAUGAUCGUUUUUUAUGUGUGUUCGCUUUGCUUUGUGGGAGCGUGUUAAGUUUGUCAUGAGAUCUUACCGAUGUCAUUUCGCUUGAAGGUCUCUGGAUAGGCUUGGGGAUUGGAGUCGUAUCUCAGGUGAGUCGCUGAUUGCCAUUGAAUUACUGUUCAGCUUUUGCGCCCGGUUACCUUUGGUGUCUUUGGAAUAGUUUGGAUCUCUUUUCCUCAAAAUUCAACUCUCUUAUGAUUGUAUUUUAGGCGUCUUUAUAUGUGAUUCUACUGUGGAGAACAGACUGGGAGAGGCAAGCACAGCUGGUUAGUAUAUCAAUCAGUUAUUUAUCAUAUUUAAUAUUUAUUAUUUCAUAUUAUUGUAGUGUAAUUCAAUAUUUGUAGUAGUCAUGAUCUGUAUUUGGGCGUUAUUUUAUGUACUUUUACCUUAAAAUAGAGCGGAGAAAGACAUAUCUGCCCUAGAUGACCUCUCAUUGUAAUGGUAGUGUCUUAGAGCCUUUUCUAGGGCGAUUUUAUUCAAUGGGUUAACUGGCAGCUCCCUGAACAUUACGUGGGGAGGUCUUUUGCCAGAGAGGUUUUGGUGAAUAAAAAAAAAGGACGAAAGACAAAAAGAGGCGUUAGAGUAGCUUUGUUGAAUUUUCAGCUAUUUACGUAAUAUUAUUUACGGUUUUUAUUAAAUUGAAUACUACAGUUGUUGUUAGUUUGCAGUAAAUUAAUUCCCCCACCUUGGGUUCUUUUCUUACUUCGUUACUUCGUAUCAUUUUGCUUCUUUUUUGUUUGCCUCAAUCAGGCGAAAGAACGAACAGCAAUCAAGGCAGCGUUGUACAAUGUAUCAGAAACUUGGAUAAAUGUAGAAGUCAGCAGAAGAGAAAGAGGUAGUGGUGUUAUAUCAAGGGUGUGGUUAGGAGGUGAAAAGGGGGUCCUAGGGUGCUUGUAACUUCUUUGUGAUAAUUAUUCGAAUCAAUUCAACCUGAGCCAGCCUGCCCCAAACGCUGAGAAGACGUCACCUCUUGACGGCAUGUGAUGUGAGGUGUUAGCGCCAACGGGCCCAUCUUUUGCAGGAGCUCAUCUAUUUCCGCGUGACGUGAAACGCCCAGGAAUUUUUUAUCAGUUCUGAUGGUUUUCACGGCUAACGGUUAAAAAUUUUGACCAUUUUACGGCUAACGGUUGACCUCAUUGAGAUUCUCGGGUAGUGGAGAAUCAUCAAUAAUAACCCUGUUCCUAAUUCUGACCCUUGAUAUGAUGUAAAACGGAAAGAUUAUCUGCUUGUUUUCUUCAUUUUUUCAUCAGAUGCGAUGCUGUCCAGCUGGAUUUACAAGACCUCAUCCCUUCCAUUCUUAAGCCGAUUUCAUGCCGCAAACAAUCAUUUUGAACUCUUGACUAGUGACGGGAACAAACGGACUGAGUGUAAUGGCGAACUUGAAUUUAACCUAGAGGACAGUGCGUUACAAACAGCGUGUGGUACAAGUCAUCAUAUAAGACUAACAUCAUCAGAGAAAAAGUCUCUCAUUAUAAAACGUCUUAUUCCGUUGGGUAUUUCAUUGCUGAUAUUAGGUGCCGCCGUAUUUGUCCGGUAUUUUGUUCCUUUACCGCCCUCAUAUGAAACAGUGACCGUUGAUAAUAAAACAGUUAGUGGUAACAUUACUGGUAAUUUCACCAAUCAAGCACACGUCCUAACUGAUUUAUUUUAGGCGAUUAUUA